GAUCGACGCUGUGAAGAAAGGGCGAUACAUAUCAUUUUUAAAGCAUGUUGUCUACUCUACAUAGAUAUACUCAAGAGUUAGCUGUUUUUUGAACAUUAUUGUGUUCAAUGAUAAGUUGCCAAGAAAGUUGGAAACCCUUCAGAAACCCACAUCAGGAGAACUUGGCUGGACCUGGACCUGGAUGUUGGCCAUUUUUCAAGGUCAUGGCAAAACUGAGGUUCCUGGGGAUACAAGAAACAGCCAGCUGAACUGCAAGCUGAAAGCAUGUUUCAAAGGAUGAGGCCAUUCUCUUGGGAUAGCCAUGUUUUGUCUCCAUGACAGCUAUGUCACUCAGCCCUCUCUGCAGUGACCCCUGUGCCGCGAAUGAUGCUGGGAAAUAACGAGCACUUUUAUCCCGGUCAGGAUGACCAAGAUGGGGAGGAUGAGGAGGAGGACGAGGACCUGGUCAGAGAACCCAGAAAAGGGGAAGACGGACAUGACAUCGAGAAUGGAGGGUUAGAAGGUUUGCUAGAGAAGGAAAUGACGGGAGGAAGACAAUCCUGGGAAGGAAAAGUUGGCGAGGUGGUCAAACCGGCAGCCAUUGUAGUCGGCAGGCAGAGAGCAGACCGCCCCGUGAGGUUAGGAAACCCGGGAAACCGCGGGGUCGCUUACAUGUCCAAUCAAGACAUCUUACAUCAUCACACAGCCAAUAAGACGCAGCAUCAUGUCGUCGCGGCCAAUCAGCAUCACACGGGCUUGAACGCACCGCACAAGAGAAGAGCACUGAUGGAGCGCAGCAUGACCACCAUGGCGCCGUUGGAGGACACUUUCCUGACCAUGAUGGUGUUCCGCGUUGGAAUUCCUGACAUCAAACAAACACAAUGUCUCCAGUUCGACCAAGACUGCACGGUGUGGAACGCCAAGCAGCAGAUCAUCUGCUCCCUCACUGAGACCUUGUGGGACGUCUACAACUAUGGCCUCUUCCAGCCCGCGGGAGAGGGACGGGACGCCAAGUUCUUCGACGAGGAGAGGACCUUGAGGGAUUACUCACAGUCCUUUGAGAAAGGGGUGCCUUACCUUGAGUUUCGAUACAAAACUAGAGUGUAUAAGCAGACAAAUCUGGAUGAAAAGGCACUUUCCAAGCUCAGCACUAAGGCCAGCCUCAAAAAGUUCAUGGAUUAUGUACAAACUGGAGCGCUGGAGAAAAUGGUUAAAGUCCUGGAUAAAGGUCUUGAUCCAAACUUUCAUGACCUGGAGAGUGGAGAGACCCCCCUGACUGUGGCCGCACAGUCAGGCCUGCCAGUGGAGGGCAUGAGGGCUCUGGUUCAGGGCGGAGCUCAUUUUGACUUCAGAAGCAGAGAUGGUUUGACUGCGGUGCACAAAGCUGUCAGGGUUCACAAUCAUACUGGGCUAAUGGCUCUCUUGUCAUUGGGAAGCUCUACAAACUACAAAGACCGCUGUGGCCUGACCCCGCUGUACCACACAGUCCUGACGGGGGGCGACACCACAUGCUGCGAGACUUUGCUUUACUACAGGGCCAAGUUGGGGACGAGGGAUGAGAAUGACUGGGAUGAGUCUCAUCUGCACAUGGAUGAAGAGGAAUUUGGGAUGGAAGAAAUCCAUAAGGCUUGCCAGAAUGGCUUUGCCCAACACUUGGAGCAUCUGCUGUUUUAUGGGGCAGACGCCUCCUCUCAGAAUGCCUCAGGAAAUGCCGCGCUUCACAUUUGUGCCCUAUACAACAAAGAAAGCUGUGCUCGAGUGCUUUUGUACAGGGGAGCAAACAAGGAAGCAAAGAACAAACAUGGCCAGACCCCUUUUCAGCUGGCUGUAAUGUCUGGGCACUUUGAACUUGGGGAAAUCAUCAAAAACCACAAAGAUUCAGACAUAGUCCCUUUUUUGGAAUCACCAAAAUAUGUCUCCAAGCAAAAAGAAAGCGCCCAUACGCUGCCUCUUCCCACGCUCCAGUCCCACCCUUUACUACGUGCUAACAGUGAUAAUACCAUGAUCCACUCUGAUCCUCCGGUUAUUCCCAACAAGACUGCAAACGCUCCCAACCCAGCUCAGGGCCACCGUAGGGCUUCCAUUGGCUUGAGAAGUUCCAGCAGCCCUAGAAAUCGCACCCGUUCCCCAUCGCGAGGAAGAGGAGGCCAGAGUGACUCAGAGGAGAGGCACAGGCAGCCACGAAGCAGGCAGGGGGCGGCGCCUGCAGGCAGUGGGGGAGGUCAAGUGAAGCGGAUGUACAGUGCAGUGCCUGGGAGGGUGUACGUGGCCACUCGGGCCCACUCUGCUAGUGGAGACAGGCAGCUCUCCCUCAACAAAGGGGAUAAAGUGAAAGUCUUAAGUGUCGGAGAGGGGGGCUACUGGGAGGGAACGGCGAAAGGUCGCACUGGCUGGUUCCCCUCGGACUGUGUGGAGGAAGUGGCAGCUGGCAGCAAGGACAAUCGAUCAGAGACGCGGAGUGAGAAAGCCAAGAGGAAGCUCUUCCGUAACGUCACUGUCGGGGCAUACGACGGCACCGAUGGUCCUAGCUCUUUCUACAUUCAAGCUGUCAGCCCCAGCAUGACCCAGCUAAGAACUGUGAGCUUUAAACACAAGGUCCUGGGCCGUGAAGGAUGUGAGUGA